AUUCCGCUGCGGGUUUGAUUCACAACACCUACGUACGAACUUCACUUGCCCUAGACGUAGCUGCGAUAGAGACAUUUACGAAAAUAACGCAACUCUCAUAAGCCAGUCCGACCAAAAAAACAGCACAAGUCAUUACAAGUCGGUCAAGGGUAUAAUUGACACUUGUUAAUUUUUUUAUUUUUAUUUUUUAAAAGAAAAAUAAGAAGUUUAGACUUUUUUCCCAUAUUUGCGGCGGGGUCGGGGAGGAGUAAUGUUUAUACAAUACGAAAUGACUGCCUUAGCUGUCAAAGCGAAAUAGCAUGGAAAUAAUUAGUUGAACUUGGACUAUGGACCUGGCUGCAGAGAAUAGGUCUUGCAACAGAACCACUUCACAUUAGGAUUUUUAUUGCGUCGGUUAACAUACACACACUAACGCAAUUCUUGCAUGCAUCCAAAUAAGUUUUUUUUUUAGUUUAAUUUAGUUUGUUGUUAGGUUGCUGUAUAAUUGUCAUUUCCGGACUCGUCGUAUUGUUGUGUAGUCAUGGAGUGCUGUUGCUCUAGUUUUAUGACCGUUUCUGCGGUUCUCAGCGCAGUCGUUCUCUUCGCCGCCUACAGACUUGGCUUGAUCUACCAGACAUUUCACAAGGCAGAGUCAAAGAGCCCCCGGCAUGGCGGGGAGAAUGUGGCGGAAGUGCUGCUCGCUCACGGGGUCAAGUAUGUCUUCACACUGGUCGGGGGUCACAUCUCGCCCAUCCUGGUGGCCUGCGAGAAGCUGGGGAUCCGCAUCGUGGACACGCGCCACGAGGCCACGGCCGUCUUUGCUGCUGAUGCUGUCGCCAGGCUGUCAGGUACAGUUGGCGUUGCUGCGGUGACAGCAGGGCCCGGUCUAACCAACACCGUCACGGCUGUCAAGAACGCUCAGAUGGCGGAGUCCCCCCUGCUGCUGAUAGGGGGUGCUGCAGCUACCUUGCUUCAGGGUCGGGGUGCACUGCAGGACAUUGACCAGAUGUCCCUGUUCAAACCACUGUGCAAGUUCUGUGCCUCAGUGCGAACGGUACGAGAGAUCGUCCCCGUGCUGCGGAAAGCCCUAGCGGCUGCUCAGUCCGGGACCCCAGGUCCUGUGUUCGUGGAGUUCCCUAUCGACACGCUCUAUCCAUACCACAUAGUGGAGAAAGAGGUGGCCCCCAAAACUGCUCCCAAGGGACUGAUGGCGAAAGUUAUAAACUGGUACCUUCAGAAUCAUUUACGCAACAUUUUUGCCGGAGCCUGGGAGCCGAGGGAGCUGUCACCACUCCCUGUGCAGAUUCCUCUAGCCACCCAGCAGCAGGUCCAGCAGUGUGUGGAGCUGGUCAGCAGAGCGAAGAAGCCGGUCAUUCUGCUGGGCAGCCAGGCCACCCUGCCCCCGACGCCAGUGGAUAAAACCAGGACGGCGCUGGAGUCUCUGGGGAUCCCCUGUUUCCUGGGCGGGAUGGCCCGUGGAAUGCUGGGUAGGGAGAGCGCACUGCACAUCCGACAGAACCGGAGAGAGGCGCUGAAGGAGGCGGAUCUGGUAAUCCUGGCAGGUACGGUGUGUGAUUUCCGACUGGGAUACGGCCAGGUCCUGAGCCGUCGCAGCAAGGUGAUCGCUGUGAACCGGGAUCGCUCCCAGCUCAUGAAGAACUCCGACAUGUUCUGGAAACCCACCGUCGCCGUUCAGGGUGAUGCCGGCUCCUUCCUCUUGCGCCUCUCUGAGGGACUGAAGGGGUAUCGCUGUCCCCAGGACUGGCCCGAGAGCCUCAAAGAAGGGGACAAAGCCAAGGAGAAGGCAAACACAGAGAAGGCUGCUGAGAAGACAGAGAGACACCUGAACCCCCUUCGCGUUCUUCACUGCGUGGAGGAGAUCAUGUCCGAGGACAGCAUCAUUGUGGCAGACGGCGGCGACUUUGUGGGCAGUGCUGCUUACAUCUUGAAACCACGGGGUCCGCUGCGCUGGCUGGACCCAGGUGCGUUCGGGACCCUUGGAGUCGGAGGGGGAUUUGCAUUGGGAGCGAAACUCUGCCGACCAGAGUCCGAGGUGUGGAUUAUCUACGGGGAUGGGUCUCUUGGAUACAGCGUGGCUGAAUUUGACACCUUUACACGCCACAAGACGCCAGUGAUUGCCCUGGUGGGUAACGAUGCCUGCUGGAGCCAGAUCUCAAGAGAGCAGGUCCCCAUGCUGGGCAGCAACGUGGCCUGUGGGCUGGCAUUCACAGAUUACCACGUCGUAGCAGACGGCUACGGAGGGAAGGGCUACCUGAUCGGCCGUGAGGACGGAGAGAAGCUGGACGAGAUCCUUCAGAGCGCUCAGGAGCAGAGCCGUCAGGGCCGGGCCACUCUGCUCAAUGUCCUGAUUGGAAAAACGAACUUCAGAGAGGGCUCCAUCUCCGUCUGACAGCGCUCCGCAGCACGGCUGCUCUCGUUCUGCUUGGGUUUGGUUUUGGUGUGUUCAGGCUUUCGAAAUGGCCGUUCUGCUGCGGUAGUGCGCGGGGUGCGCAGGUGUGUCUGGCCCCCGUGUGGUUUGGAAUGCCGCCUUCUUCACAAGCGCAGAUCGACACGCCGUGGGUCACCUAGUAUUCCUUUUCCAGACAGAGUAAGGUUGGCAUCUGCUGUAGAUCAGACUCCAGCUUUAUUUUCUGUAAUAUGUACCCCCCCCUGCACACUAAAGCUGCCGUCUCCAAGGUUUUAAAACGCAUUUACCCUGCCAUGCGUUAGCUGCUGUACCGUUUUCACUGCUCCCCUCAUCGUUGUGCAGUUGAACUGUGCAGCACCAUAGAAUGCCCCUCUCCUCCAGAUCGGUCUCACACCUAUGAGCGCGCCUUUUAUAAUUAACUUCACUAAUCUCUUUAAUUGAUCUAAACACUGCCACUGGAUAGAUCAUUCAAGGCUUCAGUUAUAAAAAAAAAAAAAAAAAGCAUUUGUGUCUGUAAUAAUAUGCAAAACGACAUAUGUAAAGCUCCAGGGUGUCCUAUUAUAAUAAUUGAACCAAUAGCAGCACUUAAAUUAGCCACCAUUGAGAUCACCCUGCUUUGCUGGAAGUGAAGGUCAGGUGGCUGACACUACAGUACUCAAAGUGAUACAGUUGUACGAUCCUGUUUCAAAGAUAAGAAUGUAUUGUAAACUGAUUAUGGAUGGUUAUUGGAACGCAAAUGAAAAAAUAAUGUGCUGAUCGAAUGAUGAAAAAACAGUUACAAAUUACAAUUAUUUUCAAGCAUAAUAAUGGACCUUUUUUUAAAUGUAUUGUUUUAUUUUUAAGUUUGUCUGCUUUUAAUUGUUGAAUGUAAAAGUUAAAUCUAUAUAUAUAUAUAUAUAUAUAAUUUUCAAUCAUUUGUAAUCAUGAAAGUGCAAGCUUUAACAUAUACAGCAUUACAGAAUGAAACUUUAGUAAUGCAAGUAUACACGUCUUUGUCAACUCAAAAGACAUAAUUGCAUUACUAAGUUUCAUUUUAGUUCUGCUGUUUACCAAGGUGCCCUUCUAAAUGACAGCUUAAAAAAAGUCUACAGUAGCUAGUGAAGAUUUCUUAAUUUACUAAACAGCCUUUAACAAGAUAUACUGUAUGUGGCCUUUCCCUGCACUGCUGCAGGAAAAGGUGUGCUUGCUUGUAUUUUAAAAUCCAACGUGUCUGCCAUGCAUUUGUUUUCUCUAGUCCCCUGUUCAUUGUAGAAUUGAAAGAGUUCAUUGUGGAGUUUAAAUGGGAAAGUCUUUUUUUUUAGUGCUCAAACAGCUAGUGAAAAACUCUUUUGUGCUUUUUCUUCUGCGCUCGCUCCAGGACGUUUUGGAUUUUAUGCUUUCAAGUACACCUUUCUUAUAUAUAAAUUAAUCAGUAGGGUACAAAACUGAUUUACAUCUAUUAGGUGUUUCAUACGCUGGUGGAGACUUAACUACCAUUACAGCAGGGAUAGAAAUAAGGCUCCCAUUGCAUAGCAGUUUGAUCCAUGCCUGGUUUUAUAAGUUUAAUAAGGCACAUCUGAACUUGGGGCGAAUCAAGCUCAUAGUUAGGGUUACCAUAUGAGUCUGUGGAUUCAUUCAUAAUGGAUUCUGGUAUGCUUUACCUGUCUCAGGUACCAUUCACAGCAGGACUACACUUACCAGAAUGCAUUGAGGUGUGAACAGGACUACACUUACCAGAAUGCAUUGGGGUGUGAGUUGAGAAUCCUGAACUGUCCCAGACUGUCCUAGUGUACAUUACAUUGAGUCAUAUGGUAACCCUGCUCUUAGUAAAACCGGGACUGGGUGAAACUGUUGUGCAAUAGGAGUCUUAUUUCCAGCCCUGUUACUUUACUACAAGAGAGUGAGUUGGCCACAGGGCAUGUUUUGGGACUCAAUAGCACAGCUGUUUCCGGAAAAAAGCAUUCCCUGAGAAUGAGUUCAUGGUCUGAUGCUCAGCGCUGAAUUACAAAAGCAACGUUCAUUACUGAGUGAUAAUGGAACUUCAAAAAUGUUGUUGUUGCAAUAAAGAUGAGUGAUUGAA